GAAAGAUGUGUGAUCCACAAAUAAUUGGUGGAUGAAGAGUACAAGAGUACCGAUUGCAAACAGAAAACAGGAGACAAUAACCACCAUGAAGAAGAAGAAGAAAAGUGAAUUGCAGGUCAUCAUGGAAAAUGUUGGGAUGGAGAUUGAUGGACAACUAGGAAGCGACUCAGACAGUGAAGAGGAGGAGGAGGAGGAGGAGGAGGAGGAAGAAAAGCCAGCCAGGAGGCGCAAUACAAAGGAAACAACCAGGGCAAAGAAAAAACAGGAUAACGAAAAGGACGCCGAUCAUGAAAGUGAAGAAGAGGAUGAAGAGAGUACCAGGUGGAAGAAGGCUAAUCAAAAGAAUGCUCAGAAAAUAGAUGACCCUGAUGGAGACAGUGGCGCUGAGGAAGGAGCAAGAGGGAGGAGAAGGAGAGGCAGGAGGGCUUCCAGCAAAGACGAAAAGGAUUCUGAAAACAAGGACAGGCAAUCAACCACAAAAGGAAACGGGAAAGAUAAGAAAAAGAAGAAGCACACAGGAGAGAGCGCUUCCUCCUCUGCAUCCAGCUCCUCAGACGAUGAGUCUCUGAACGAGGAAGAACUGUCCAAGCUAAAGGAACAGGUAGAGGAAAAGAAGAAACUGAUAUCUAUCAUGAGGAACAAACCCUGGCGGAUGGCAAAGAAACUAAAAGUGCUUAGGGAGGCUCAGGCUUUUGUAGAAAAGUUUGAAGGUGCCUUGGGAAAGGGAAAAGGACGAAAACUGUAUGCAUAUAAAAUGAUGAUGGCAAAGAAAUGGGUCAAAUUUAAGAGAGACUUUGAUAAUUUUAAGACACAGUGCAUACCCUGGGAAAUGAAGAUAAAAGAGGUGGAAAGUCACUUUGGUUCUUCUGUGGCUUCCUAUUUCAUAUUUCUGCGGUGGAUGUAUGGGGUAAACCUUGUGCUGUUUGGCUUAAUAUUUGGACUAGUUAUAAUUCCAGAAAUCUUAAUGGGAACAACAUAUGGAAGCAUCCCUAGAAAAACAGUACCCAGGGCUGAGCAACCAAGAGCUAUGGAUUUCUCUGUUCUCUGGGAUUUUGAGGGCUACAUUAAGUAUUCUGCUGUUUUCUACGGCUACUACAAUAAUCAAAGGACCAUCGGAUGGCUAAAGUACAGAUUGCCAAUGGCAUAUUUCAUGGUUGGUGUCGUAGGUGUAUAUGGAUACAGCUUGAUGGUUGUAAUAAGAUCGAUGGCCCGGAAUGCACAUGAAAACACAGGCGAUGGGGAUGAUGAGAACUUCAUCUUUAGCUGGAAAAUGUUCACUAGUUGGGACUACCUUAUAGGAAAUCCGGAGACAGCAGACAACAAGUUUGCAUCCAUCACCACUAGCUUCAAGGAAUCCAUUGUGGAUGAGCAGGAGAGCAACAAAGACGAGAACAUCCACCUGAGAAGAUUUCUGAGAGUUCUGGCCAAUGUACUCAUUACGUGCUGCUUGUGUGGAAGCGGUUACCUCAUUUAUUUUGUUGUCAAACGGUCCCAGACCUUUUCCAAAAUGCAAAAUGUUGGCUGGUAUGAAAGAAAUGAGGUUGAAAUCGUCAUGUCUCUGCUUGGAAUGUUUUGCCCCCCUCUGUUUGAAACCAUUGCCGCCUUAGAGGAGUAUCACCCCCGUAUUGGGCUGAAGUGGCAACUGGGACGGAUCUUUGCACUCUUCCUUGGGAACCUAUAUACUUUCUUAUUGGCUUUAAUGGAUGAUGUCAAGGAAAAGCUAAAGGAAGAAGGUGUGAUCAAGAACGUGACACAAUGGACCAUCUUAACCUACCAUAACUCAUCUGCAGGCAAUUCAAGUGCUGUUACACCACUUCAUAUGGACCCAGCAGAUAUGCCCCGAGGACCCUGCUGGGAAACAAGUGUGGGAAUAGAAUUUGUGAGGCUGACUGUGUCUGAUAUACUCGUGACAUAUGUAACUAUACUAGUGGGAGAUUUUGUCCGUGCUUGCUUUGUCAGAUUUGUGAAUUAUUGCUGGUGCUGGGACCUAGAGGCUGGAUUUCCUUCUUAUGCAGAGUUUGACAUUAGCGGUAAUGUGCUUGGUUUGAUCUUCAAUCAAGGAAUGAUCUGGAUGGGAUCCUUUUAUGCACCAGGACUGGUUGGUAUCAAUGUUCUCCGUUUACUCACAUCCAUGUAUUUCCAGAGCUGGGCUGUUAUGAGCAGCAAUGUCCCUCAUGAGCGAGUGUUCAAGGCCUCCAAGUCAAACAAUUUCUAUAUGGGACUCUUGCUAUUGAUCCUGUUCCUAAGCCUGUUGCCUGUGGCUUACACCAUUAUGUCCCUUCCUCCGUCUUUUGACUGCGGGCCAUUCAGUGGAAAAAAGAAAAUGUAUGAUGUCAUCCAAGAGACCAUCAAAUCUGAUUUCCCACCCUUUGUAGCCAAGCUCUUUGGCUAUGUGGCAAACCCGGGACUGAUUAUACCUGCAAUUCUGCUUAUGGUUCUUGCCAUAUAUUACCUGAAUGCAGUGGCUGAAGCAUAUCAACAAGCAAAUGCAGAGUUGAAGAAGAAAAUGCAAAUGCAACGUGAAGAAGAAAAAAAUAAGAAAAAUAACAAAGCUUCCACCAAUCCUGCCAUACAAGAUUUAGAAGACCUGUUUGUUCCACGUUCAAAGACUCCUGAUGAGCCCAACCCAACUCAAGGUAGACCAAGGAUCCUUGGGCCAGGGACUGAUGCAAGUGCUGCACACCACAACCAAAGUUGA